AUGGUGUCCAAUGGUCAAGAUCUGGAUAUUACUGUACAAGUUUAUGACCAUCAUCCAUCAAAGAAUGAGAAUUUCCAAACAUGUAGUGAUGGACUCAGUCUAAACACUGUCCUCGAGGAUCUUCCAAACGACAAGAUUCCCCGUCUAAACCCCAACCGUGGUGAUGAUUCUUGUAUUGUGGACCCAUCCCUGUUCCCAUCAUUCUUCCAACCAACAAACGGUAUCAACAAACCACUCCAAUUCAACCUCUCACUCACCAAGAACAAGACCGCCUACUCUUAUUCCAACGAGAAGUUCUUCCCAAUCAACUACAAGGGAUGGGACGUUGACAAGAGCUACCGUAACUACGCCGAUCGCUCAGACAACUACCAGAACUACCAUUUCUGCAUGAAGUGGAACUCAUUCUUCACCUAUGCUGGCAAUGAAGAGUUCAACUUCCUCGGUGACGAUGACGUCUGGAUCUUCAUCAACAACAAGUUGGUAGUCGAUAUCGGUGGAGUCCACAGUGCAGAGUAUGGCUACAUCAAGCUGUCCACUAUAUCUGGACUCGUAAAGGGCCAGAUCUACUCGUUCGACUUGUACUUCUGUGAGCGUCACACCUACAGCUCCAAGAUUUACUUUGACACCAACAUCAUGGUCCAAUGCCAGAGAGACUACUGUGGCACCUGCAACGGUGUCGGAGAGUGCUGCAAUGCCGCAGUUGACUGUAAUGAUGGAAACCCUUGCACCAUCGAUGCCUGUCCCAAGCCCAACACUCCAGGCAUCACCAAGGACAACUAUAAGAACUACUGCACUCACACACCAGUCAAGUGCGCUCUUACAUCCACCUGUUUCAACUACCAGUGCUCAGAUGUUGACCACCCAUGUGGUAACAAGACUGCUGUGACCUGUCCACAAAAGACCUGCAAGAAGCCACCUGUCUGUGUUGAGGGCUCUGGAUGCCAGAGCUUCGACUUGUGUACCUCAACACCAUGCACCAACUCGGUCUGCCAGGCAGGCACUGGCGGCGCCGCCGACAAGUGUAUCGAUACACCAAAGAACUGCACUGGAAACGAUCCAUGCCAGAUCUACUCCUGUGACCCAGUCAAGGGAUGUGUCUCCAAGUCGAUGGUGUGCACCCCACCUGACAACUGCACUCGCUCGCAAUGUGUCGCUGGAAAGUGUGUCAACACUGUCAUUCCACCAAGUGAGUGCAGCUCUUGCAAGCCAAAGAACUGUUAUCUCAACACCUGGGACAAAGGUGCAUGCAACUAUACCAAGGAUCCAUUGAUCAACGACAAUGAUCCUUGCACUGAUGACACUUGUGAUGAGACCAACGGUGAGAUCAAGCACACUCCCAAGUCGUGCUCUGGAUGCCAGACCUGCCAAGCCGGUACUUGUGUCGACAACAGUGCGACCUGCAAGGACGACGGAAACAUUUGCACGAACCAAGUGUGCACCAACGGCACCUGCGACUACCUGCCAGUGUCUUGUGAUGACAACGAUCCUUGCACCAUCGACUCGUGUGACUCGGUUGCAGGAUGUAUCCACAACCAGACCACAUGCCCAGAGCCCACCAGCCUUUGCCUCAACUCCUUCUGUGAGCCAGGCAAGGGAUGCACCACCAAGAACAUCACCUGUUCCUCGGACAACUUCUGUAUCGACGCCUUCUGUGACGACCGUCUAGGAUGUGUGGUGCUGGAGCAUCGUUGUGUUGCCGACAACCCCGACUGCUCAUACGGCAUCUGUAACAACGUCACACAGGCAUGUGAGUUCCACGAGUUUGAUCCCAAGCCAUUCAAGUGUAACAAGGCUGCAGUCAUCUCGACUGGUGUCAUUGCCGGUGUAGUCGUAGCCGCAGCCGUUGCACUUGCCGCUCUAAUCUAUGGUGGCAAGAAGGGUUAUGAUCACUGGAACCAACAUCGUAACAUGACCAAUACCGGUACCAACAUGAAUCCAUUAUAUCAACCAAGUCCCAACAACCAAGUGAAUCCAUUAGAGGUAUUAUCUCUUAUCUUCGAAUGUAUUCCUGAAAGUGUCACUCUUCAAAUGGUCGAGGGCGAGGGCGAGGGCAAGGGUUGA